AGGGACCUGCCGGUCGCACUGAGCGUCCGUCACGCGCCCGAGCUCGAUCACCAGCCACAGUCGCGCCGCGUUUUUCCGUAUGUCCAUCACCGUAGCGUAACACAACGCCAGCACCACCAUCAUCACCACCACCACACCAUAACCACAAAAACAAGAAUAUCGCGUACGACUGCCUUCGUUUUAAUAUAUAUUCAUAUAUACAUUACCCUCCCCCCCCAAGCCAUUCCAGAAGCGUCAGCGCCCACACACCCUCUCCCAUAACUGCAUACGCAUCACCCGAUCGACCACUACUCGCAACCUCAGCCACCACCGCGCGGGACUCGAUCGCGAUCUUCGCUUCGAGAUCCGGAGUGCAUCGCAUCGUUCCGCGUCGUCACCGUCCGCGGUCAUCGUCGUGAUGUGCACCGGAAGUUGGUGAUCGCGCGCGUGUGGUUACACAGGAAGUCGCGGCGUGGUCGGUACGCAUAGUCGGCGCUCGGUCAAGGUGGAUACGGACGCGACGCGCGCGACGGCCGACCAGGUCGGACCGGCUGCGACGGAAGACGGCGGUACAACCGGCAGCAAACUGCACGCUGCAAUCGUAGCGUCCGUCACGGCGUCGCCACAGAAGUUGGCCACUACCAUCAGGGGCUUCUGGAACUCGUCCGCGGGUCCGGCUGCUAAUUCGGUUCUGGGUUUGGAAUCAAUCAUGGUGAGUUCCAUCAUCGUUUCAUCGGGGGAAGUCAUGUAAUGUGAUAUCAGAAAAUUCAUCAUGGAACCAUCAGGGAAUCCAUUAUCUCGGUGUUGGAGCGCUGUGGGCACGUUCCAAGUGCCACUUAUUAAUUUAGAAGUCAACGAGUUAAAGGAAAUACUAUGGGAAAAGAUUCAAGAACCAGUUAUUCAAAGAAGACUGAUCCUAGUUAUCGUGUCUAUAGCAUUGUUGUUGGACAACAUGUUAUACAUGGUAAUUGUGCCAAUMAUACCAGAUUAUUUGAGGUACGUUGAUUCAUUCAGUGAAAUCCCCGCGGCUGUAAACUUUACGGAUGAUCCAAUCACCCCGCCAUCCCACCACGGACAAGAUUCAGCAACUGGAGUAUUAUUUGCAUCCAAAGCAAUCGUGCAACUCAUGGUGAAUCCAUUUUCUGGUGCUCUAAUUGAUAGGAUUGGAUAUGAUAUACCAAUGAUGAUUGGAUUAUCCAUUAUGUUCCUAUCCACCUCGAUAUUUGCAUGCGGAAGAAGUUAUUCCGUCCUUUUCAUAGCUAGAAGUCUUCAGGGAGUUGGAUCUGCGUUUGCUGAUACGUCUGGCUUAGCAAUGAUAGCUGAUCGAUUUACCGAGGAAAAUGAAAGAGCUCAAGCAUUAGGRAUCGCAUUAGCGUUCAUCAGUUUUGGUUGUCUAGUAGCACCGCCUUUUGGGGGCGCUUUAUAUCAAUUUGCGGGUAAAGAAAUUCCAUUCCUUAUUCUAGCAUUUGUUUGCCUUGUUGAUGGAUUAAUGCUGCUCCUUGUUAUGAAACCCAUAAAACAACAACUCAAAGAACAAAAACAUUUGAAAAAAGUUCCAACCAUACCCAUAUGGAAACUCUUUAUGGACCCCUAUAUUGCUGUAUGCUCCGGAGCCUUGAUGAUGUCAAACGUUGCACUUGCAUUUCUAGAACCUACUAUAUCCCUCUGGAUGGAAGAUCACAUUACUCAUGAUAACUGGAAAAUGGGGAUGAUAUGGCUGCCCGCAUUUUUCCCACACGUCUUUGGUGUAAUACUGACAGUAAAGCUAUCAAAAUUGUUUCCAAACUAUCAAUGGCUUAUGGUUGCUGUUGGACUAUCUCUCGAAGGCCUCAGUUGCUUGAUAAUUCCUUUUUCAACUUCAUACAAAGUCCUGAUGAUUCCUAUCUGCAUUAUAUGUUUCGGAAUUGCGUUAGUGGAUACAGCUAUAUUGCCAACCCUUGGAUACAUUGUAGACGUCCGAUAUGUUUCAGUUUAUGGUAGCAUUUACGCAAUUGCCGAUAUUUCAUACUCAUUAGCUUAUGCCAUUGGUCCUAUAGUGGCUGGUGAAGUAGURGAAAUGAUCGGGUUCACUUGGCUGAAUAUUAUCAUAGCUGUUUCUAAUUUGGCAUACGCUCCAGCAUUAAUGAGGCUCAGAAAUAUAUAUGACUUCAAGCCAUUUCAGAAUGAGGCAAAUAUUCUCAUGUCUGACCCUCCAGAUAAAGAAUACCAAACAUAUGCCAUGCAAGAACAACCCAUACCAGUUAAUAGUGAGUAUAGUAGAAUAGAAGGACACUCAGAAACUGACAUGGAUGGCCAUGUAGCGAUUGAAAACGAAAAUGCCACAUUCCAUCAAUCUCARGACACCAAUCCUUUUAGAAGGUCAUCUCAACCAGCACAGGAUAGGAAUCCAUUUAGGCAACAGUAUUGAAAUGCUUAAUAGAGGAAACUGUUGUUCUGUAUWAAAAUAGAAAUUGAGAUGCUUAGUAUUAUACAUUACCGUUUUUAAAUGAUUAGUUUCUCGGGAAAAAAAAGACUUAAUACAAAUUAUAUGUGUAGACUAAGCAAUAUUAUAUCGUGUAGAAGUCAUGUUCAAAAUUAAUGGUGUGAAUAAUCCAUUAUGGUAUAUGCUCUAUAUCGUUCCUUAUUUGUUUUUGGUACCUAAUGAAAUAUUGAUUGAGUGCUAAUGAGAAAUAUGAAUAUUAAUAAUAUUAUAACUUUAUUAAUAAUUAUAUUACUAACUAUAAUUCUUAUUAUAACUGAUAUUCAAUAUAUUUGAAUAUAUCAUACUUUUUACGAUUUUAGAUCAUAAUUCUCAUAUUAAAUAACUAAAUUUAAUUUUGGAUCAUAUUUUAUUAAGUAUAAAUAGCAUUCUAAAAUUGACCUAGAAAAUUGAAGACAUUCUAUAUUAUCUAAUUCAUUUUUAUUGAAACACCAAUUCGCCAUCAAUUUAUUAUCCUUAUAUUGUUUAAUAUAAUGAUGAAACUUUUUAGAUAUUACCUAGUACAGUAUUUUAUUUAAAUCCAGUGUUGAUUAACUUUGUAUUGUGUAAACAAUGGUUAUUUAAAAUCAACAUUAUAUUACCUUUAUAGCAA